UCUAACCCUAACCCAAAAAUUUAGCAACUUAAGUAGUAGAUUAGUAAUACACUACAAAAAAAAACAAUUCAACUUCUCUACUUUCUCUGUCUUUUCCUUUUCUUUCUUUCCCAUAGUGGUUGUUCAAUGUUCAUCACAUAAUAAUGAGCAUCUUUAAUUCUAUCAAUCUUAGGGUUUAUCAUCUCCUUAAUUGCAAUUCUCGUUUUUGUUGAAUUCAAUUUUACUCCAAUUUAUUCCCCUCUUCUUCUUCCUAGAGUUCAAUUAGGGUUUUUCGAGCUUUUUAGUUGAUUUUAAUGGAGCCUCGUGUUGGAAACAAGUAUCGACUUGGUCGUAAGAUCGGAAGUGGUUCAUUUGGAGAGAUCUAUCUUGGAACUAACAUUCAAACUAAUGAAGAGGUGGCAAUUAAGCUUGAAAAUGUUAAGACAAAACAUCCACAGUUGCUCUAUGAGUCAAAGCUAUACAGGAUCCUGCAGGGAGGAACUGGAAUUCCAAAUGUGAGGUGGUUUGGCGUAGAGGGUGAUUACAAUGUUCUUGUUAUGGAUCUACUUGGGCCUAGCCUUGAAGAUCUAUUUAACUUCUGCAGCAGGAAAUUUUCGUUGAAAACAGUUCUCAUGCUUGCAGAUCAGAUGAUUAACAGGAUCGAGUUUGUUCAUUCAAAAUCCUUCUUGCAUCGUGAUAUUAAGCCCGACAACUUCCUCAUGGGCUUGGGUAGACGAGCAAAUCAGGUCUACGUUAUUGAUUUUGGCUUAGCAAAGAAAUACAGAGAUACAACUACGCAUCAGCAUAUCCCAUAUAGAGAAAAUAAAAACUUGACGGGAACUGCAAGAUAUGCGAGUAUGAACACUCACCUCGGAAUAGAACAAAGCAGGAGGGAUGAUUUAGAAUCUCUUGGAUAUGUGCUGAUGUACUUCCUAAGAGGCAGCCUUCCUUGGCAGGGACUAAAGGCUGGGACCAAGAAACAAAAGUAUGAGAAAAUCAGUGAGAAAAAGGUCUCCACAUCAAUUGAGGCCCUAUGUCGUGGUUAUCCAACCGAGUUUGCAUCAUACUUCCAUUACUGCCGCUCAUUACGAUUUGAUGAUAAACCUGACUAUGCUUACCUGAAGAGAAUUUAUCGAGACCUCUUCAUUCGAGAAGGUUUUCAAUUCGACUACGUGUUUGACUGGACUAUUCUGAAAUAUCAGCAAUCACAAUUAGCCGCUCCUCCUGCUCGUACGGGUGCUGGUGCUGGAACUAGUGCAGGAGUACCUACUCCGCCAGUUGCAAAUCCUGAAAGGAAAUUGGGUGAAGAAGAAGGCCGAGCAGGUGGUCUGUCUACUGGAGAUGGUCUUCGACGAAGAAUGUCAGGGUCACUUUUGAAUUCUGGAAGUCUAUUGAAGCAGAAGAGUCCUCUUGCAAAUGAUCCAACUGUAAGCAAAGAUCCUACGUUGUCAAGCACAAAUCUUACGGGACGGUCCAGUGGUUUUCUAAAGCGAGCUGCUAUUCCCAGUAGCCGUGAAGCAGUUACAGGAGGGAAUGAAUCUGAUCCUUCCCGUUCUCGUACAGCCGAGGCAAGCCCAAGCACAAUGCAGAGGUUUUCAAGUGGGCAGAGAAGUUCUCCAGUUGGAUCCUCAGAUGCAAAGCAGCAAUCCUCUGGUAGGAUUACCAGCAUUAAAAACUAUGAGUCCACACUCAAGGGCAUUGAGAGUCUGCAUUUUGAUGAUGAAAGGGUCCAUUAAUAUAUACUCAUGCUUACACAUUAUUGUAAUGAUAAUAAUAAAAAUGAUAUCAUUGUGUGAUUAUACUA